UUUUAUAUUGAAGUUAUGCUUAUCUGUGAUUCUAUUCCUAGUUCCGAAGAAGCCGGUGUGGGAUCUCAGUCUGCUGAUGAAGCAGAGCAUGCAAAGCAGCUGUCAAGCGUAACAUCAAUCUUAGCUAAGGCUGGAAAUACAUUGGAAGGAGCAGUAGCAGAGCUUGUGUUGAAUCCUCUAAGACUGGCAUUUGAGACCAAGAAUGUCAAAGUUUUAGAAUUAGCUUUGGACUGUCUUCAUAAACUUAUUGCAUAUGACCAUCUAGAAGGUGAUCCUGGACUAGAUGGUGGUAAAAAUUCACCAUUGUUUACAGACAUUCUAAACAUGGUCUGUGGUUGUGUGGAUAAUUCAUCCCCUGAUAGUACUACUUUACAAGUCUUGAAGGUGCUUUUGACAUCUGUAGCAUCCUCAAAGUUUAGAGUUCAUGGAGAGUCGUUGCUGGGAGUAAUCAGACUAUGUUACAAUAUUGCUCUAAACAGCAAGAGCCCUGUGAACCAAUUAACCUCAAAGGCAAUGUUGACCCAGAUGAUCAGCAUUGUCUUCAGACGGAUGGAAUCCGAUCCGGUUUCUACAACAGUCACUUCUGUUGCACACAAGAAAAUUGCUCCGCAUAGUUCAAAUUCCACGACUGAUGAGAUUACCUCAGUUGACCAAAGUGACAAAGUAACACUAGAGAAUGAAACUUCUUCAGAUCAACUCAAAGAAACUUCACUUGCAUCUGUUGAAGAACUUCAGAAUCUUGCGGUUGGAGCUGACAUAAAGGGAUUAGAAGCUGCUCUAGACAAAGUUGUGCAUCUUGAAGAUGGUGAAAAAGUAACCAGAGGGAUUGACCUUGAGAGCAUGAACAUUGGCCAUCGUGAUGCUUUACUUCUAUUCCGGACACUUUGCAAGAUGGGUAUGAAGGAAGACAAUGAUGAAAUUACCACGAAGACUCGCAUCUUGUCUCUUGAGCUUCUGCAGGGCUUAUUAGAAGGUGUUAGCCACUCAUUCACAAAAAACUUUCAUUUUAUUGACUCAGUGAAAGCUUACCUCUCAUAUGCCUUGUUGAGGGCAUCAGUUUCUCAAUCACCUGUCAUAUUUCAGUAUGCAACAGGAAUCUUCUAUGUGCUAUUGUUGAGAUUUAGAGAAAGUCUUAAAGGAGAAAUUGGAGUUUUUCUCCCCUUGAUUGUUUUGCGGUCACUGGAUAGCACGGAAUGCCCACUGAACCAAAAAUUGUCUGUUCUACGGAUGCUAGAGAAAAUUUGCAAGGAUUCUCAAAUGCUAGUUGACUUGUUUGUUAACUACGACUGUGAUCUUGAGGCACCUAACCUGUUUGAGCGCAUGGUCACUACAUUAUCAAAGCUCGCUCAAGGGACUCAAAGCAUUGAUCCCAAUUCUGUUACUGCAUCCCAGAUGGGUUCAAUAAAGAGUUCAUCACUUCAAUGCCUAGUAAAUGUGCUCAAGUCUUUGGUUGAUUGGGAGAAGUCUCUGAGGGAAUCUCCUAAGCAGGCGAAAGGUCAACAUUCAUAUGAAGAACUUUCCUCCACAGAAUCCAGUGAGGCAGAUAUUAAGGAAGACUCGCCCAACAAUUUUGAAAAGGCCAAGGCACACAAAUCUACAUUGCAAGCGGCAAUAUCAGAGUUCAACAGGCGUCCAGGAAAGGGUAUUGAGUAUCUGUUAUCAAAUAAACUGGUGGAAAACACACCUGUUUCAGUAGCCCUAUUUUUAAGGAACACACCUGCUUUGGACAAGGCUGUUAUUGGAGAUUAUUUGGGCCAACAUGAGGAGUUUCCCCUCGCUGUCAUGCAUUCUUAUGUAGAUUCUAUGAAUUUUUCUGGGAUGAAGUUUGAUGUUGCAAUUCGUGAGUUUCUUAGAGGAUUUAGACUUCCUGGAGAAGCUCAAAAGAUAGAUCGAAUAAUGGAGAAGUUUGCAGAACGGUAUUGCGCAGACAAUCCUGGGCUUUUCAAGAAUGCAGACACUGCAUAUGUACUUGCCUAUGCAGUUAUCAUGUUGAAUACUGAUGCACACAACCCAAUGGUAUGGCCUAAAAUGUCCAAGGCUGAUUUUGUACGCAUGAAUACUACAAAUGAUGCCGAAGAUUCUGCCCCAGAAGAACUAUUGGAAGAGAUCUAUGAUUCUAUAGUCAAAGAAGAAAUAAAAAUGAAAGAUGACAUGGUCACUGUUGGAAGAACUACUAGACAGAGGCCAGAAGAAGAGAGAGGUCAACUUAUCCGCAUUCUUAAUUUGGCUCUCCCAAGGGGAAAAUUGUUAACUGACCUUAAGUCUGAGAAUGAAGCUAUCAUUAAACAAACACAGACUAUAAUUCGGAAUCAAGGAGGAAAAAGGGGAGUAUUUUAUACAUCAAAUCAAAUUGAAAUUGUUAGGCCAAUGGUUGAAGCUGUAGGGUGGCCUUUGCUUGCAACCUUUUCUGUGACUAUGGGUGAAGGAGAAAACAAGCCGAGGGUCAUUCUAUGCAUGGAAGGAUUUAAAGCAGGGAUACAGAUCGCUCAUGUUCUUGGAAUGGAUACCAUGCGCUAUGCAUUUUUAACAUCUCUCAUUAGAUUCAAUUUCUUGCAUGCACCCAAGGAUAUGCGAAGUAAAAAUGUGGAGGCAAUGCGGACAUUGUUAUCUUUGUGUGAUACAGAGACUGAUGCUCUCCAAGACACCUGGCAUGCAAUUCUGGAGUGCAUUUCUCGCCUUGAAUAUAUCAUAUCCACUCCCACUAUGGCCAUGACUGUCAUGCAAGCAUCAAAUCAGCUCUCAAGAGAUGCCAUUGUCCAAUCAUUGAGAGAAUUGGCUGGCAAACCAGCUGAACAAGUGUUUGUGAAUAGUGUUAAAUUGCCCAGUGAAGUGGUUGUAGAGUUCUUCACAGCUCUCUGUAAUGUUUCAGCUGAGGAGCUAAAGCAGUACCCGGCUCGUGUUUUCAGCUUGCAAAAACUAGUGGAGAUCAGCUAUUACAAUAUGGCUCGCAUCCGCAUGGUAUGGGCCAGAAUAUGGACUGUCUUAUCUACUCAUUUUAUUUAUGCUGGAAGCCAUCCUGAUGAGAGAGUUGCUAUGUAUGCUAUUGAUUCUCUGAGGCAACUUGGUAUGAAAUAUCUGGAGAGGGCUGAACUUGCUAAUUUUACUUUCCAAAACGACAUUCUGAAGCCAUUCGUGAUCCUGAUGAGAAGUAGUCGAAAUGAAACAAUACGGAGGCUUAUUGUUGAUUGCAUUGUUCAGAUGAUAAAAUCUAAAGUCGGGAGCAUCAAGUCAGGUUGGCGUAGUGUGUUUAUGAUUUUUACAGCUGCGUCAAAUGAUGACUUGGAGCCAAUUAUUGAAAGUGCAUUUGAGAAUGUGGAACAAGUUAUAUUGGAACACUUUGACCAGGUUGUUGGAGACUGCUUCAUGGAUUGUGUCAAUUGUCUUAUUGGUUUUGCCAACAACAAAAGUUCUUACCGGAUCAGUCUGAAGGCCAUUGCUCUCCUCCGUAUAUGCGAGGACCGUCUUGCCGAGGGACUGGUACCGGGUGGUGCUUUGAAGCCCAUUGAUGUCAAUGGAGAAGCCACUUAUGAUGUGACUGAGCAUUACUGGUUUCCUAUGUUGGCUGGAUUAUCAGUUCUGACAUCAGAUCCUAGAAAAGAGGUCCGCAAUUGUGCACUGGAGGUUUUGUUUGACUUGCUGAAUGAGAGAGGUAGAAAAUUCACGUCGUCAUUUUGGGAAAGUAUUUUCCAUCGAAUUCUGUUUCCCAUUUUUGAUCAUGUAAGACAUGCCGGAAAAGAAAGUCUGGUCCAAUCUGGGGAUGAGCUCCGUGAAACUAGCAUCCACUCUCUUCAAUUGCUUUGCAAUCUUUUCAACACCUUUUACAAGGAAGUUUGUUUCAUGCUGCCUCCUCUACUGGGUUUGCUACUUGAUUGUGCCAAAAAAUCUGAUCAGACAGUGGUUUCAAUUUCAUUGGGUGCACUAGUGCACCUUAUCAAAGUUGGAGGGCACCAGUUCAGUGAUAGUGAUUGGGACACCCUAUUGGAAAGUAUAAGAGAUGCUUUAUACACAACACAACCUGUUGAGUUGCUCAAUACUUCAAGUAUUGGACAGCCCCGGAGCCCUGUAAGAUUAACCAGACAUUUGGAAGCCUCUUCAGGUGAUAGUCCUAGGUCAGCCUCUCCUGAAAACGAGGAGGUUGAUUACCGCCAAAACAAUGGCAUUUUUCAUGAUCAGAAUGUCAUGGCCAUGGAAAACCACAAUCAAGAAAUAGAUGCAGAGAUGUCCAAAGUGAGAUCUCCUAAAAAUGUUGAAGGUGGAAGCAUGCAAAGGAGCCAAACAAUUGGUCAAAAGAUCAUGGGAAAUAUGAUGGACAACAUGUUUGUUAGAAGUUUCACAUCAAAACCUAAGGAACGUGCUUCAGAUGUGUCAGUGCCAUCUUCUCCAUUAAAGAUUGCUGAUAUGAUGGAAAUAGAAGCUACAGAAGAAGUAGAGAGCCCCAUAUUUGCUACCAUCAGGAGCAAAUGCAUCACACAGCUACUCCUCCUGGAUGCUAUUGAUAGUAUUCAGGGGAAAUACUGGAACAAGUUGACUACAACACAAAAGGUUGCUCUAAUGGACAUAUUAUUUUCUGUAUUAGAGUUCGCAUCAUCAUAUAAUUCAUAUGCCAAUCUCAGAUUGCGUAUGCACCAUAUUUCUGCCGAAAGGCCACCUCUAAACCUUCUUCGCCAGGAAUUAGCUGGUACAUGCAUUUACUUAGACAUUUUGCAAAAGGCAACUUCUGACAUUAAUGCUAAAAGAGAUGAAGAACUUGGUGAUGAAGUCAACUCGACGGAAAAGGAUACAAUGAAAAAUGAUAUUUCUUCUUCUUCUUCAUAUUAUGUUGUUGGAAGAGAUGAUAAACUUGAAAUGGUAGCAGAGGGGAAGCUAGUGUCUUUCUGUGAACAGGUGUUGAAGGAGGCUUCUGAUUUUCAAUCAACUCUUGGUGAGACAACGAAUAUGGAUAUACACCGGGUUCUUGAUUUAAGGUCUCCAGUUAUUGUGAAGGUGCUUAAGGGCAUGUCUUAUAUGAACAACCAGAUAUUUAGAAGACACUUGAGAGAGUUCUAUCCUUUUAUAACUAAACUAGUUUGUUGCGACCAGAUGGAUGUUCGAGGUGCCCUUGCGGAUCUCUUCAGCAUGCAGUUGAAUCCAUUGUUACCUGUUCAUUGAGUGUAGUUGUGAAAUUGCCCAGAUCAUUUCUGUAAACGCGAGUAAGAAGAUGAAAAAGUUACCCACUAUUUGUACUUCCUUUUGAUAUCGGAUUUUUCAUUUCUAUAGCGAUGAUGCUUAGAUUUUUUUUAUGUGUGUAAUAUUCCCAGUGUUGUGCUUUUGAAAUAGAGCCUUUUAUGAGACCACAAUACCUAGCAAGAGACAGAAUUAACACAUUUAUUUGAAAGGCAACUAUAGAUAUAAUACCAUGUUAAAUUUGUGCA